ACAGGGGCUCCCAAAACACGCUUUGAGGCAUCAUCCGCUGCCAGAACCGGGGGCCAAGGUGUGCCCGGCUGCACCCACGGCCAAAAGCUGCGGCGAGAUCUCAAGAGAGUCUGACGACCCUGCUGUUGCUGCCGCUGAUUCCCGUGGGAAUUCGUGCUCUGCUGGUCAGAGCUACGCCGACACCUCCACCGAAGACAGCUCAGUUUUCUCCUGGGGCUAUGACGAAUUUGAUAAAGCUGCCACACAGCAGGUUCAGCAAAUGUUCAGAGAAAUUGAUGAGCUUCUCUAUGAGCAGAUAGAAAAUGUGCGUGUUGAGGGACUGCAGGAAGAAUGCCACCAGUGGACAUCCAACUUUCCUCACCUCAGGGUUGUGGGGAAGCAGAUAGUGAUCCCAACGGACGAAGGGUACAGGUGGUACUCGAGUCCACCUUCUGGCAGUUUAGGUUUCUCAGAUCUAAGUUCGCCCCAGGAGAAAGAUUCGAAUGAAAUUAGUGUUUUGGGCAAGAAGGUACCUCUGUCUGUUACUCCUGUUCACAAAAAGGCUGACCGUUCCAAGUCUCCGACCUUGUGUUCUCCAGAGAGCGAAGAAGGAGAGGACGGAGUAAUUAUCUCGGAAGGCAUCGUGGAGGAAUAUUUAGCAUUUGACCGCAGAGAUGCGGAGGAGGAGUUGCACGAGAGGAAAACGGGACUGUCCUCUGGUAGACAGAAACUGGGGUUCCCUCCUAUCUCUCCGUAUUCCUGCAUGAAGGAUUCCGUGCUCACGUUUGUGUUUGAUGACGUGUGGAGUGAAGUCCUCGGCUGCAUGGAAGAAUUAAUCUGCAGAUACUGGGAAGGGUCAGCCUCUGAUGAUGAGAAAAAUACCAUAACAGUAGAAACCAUCAGAGCAGAUGCUGGAAGUCAUUUGCAGUUUGAUCCUCUGCCAAUGUCGUUACCUUGUGUGCCACAAAAUAAACUGCCCUCGGUGACAUCCAAUCCAUGCCCAAAACCCAGAUGUGGCCGCAAAAGCAAAAAGAGGAGAAAAACACCUCAAGUAUAUCUCUCUCGAGGGUCAAGUGGUGGCUCUCAGCGUAAUGUCAAUGGCCUGACGGUUAUACAGGGAAUCCAGCUGCAGCAAAGGAAUCUGCCUGUGAUAGAGAAAACACUGGACCCGGAUGACAAGCGGACAGGCUCCAGUCCUGUUCUCUCUGCUCGAGCGUGGCCAAAUCGUUCUCUAGAGCUCAGCACAUCCUCCCUCUCACGUGUCACGAGAAGGCACAACCCACCGCCACGGACCCUGCACCCCAUCAACACAAGCCGCUCUCGUACGGGGACCCCAAGGUCUGUGGACGAUGUCAUCAGGGGAACUCGAUUUUUGACUGCACACGAGCAGCUGACCUCACCCUCCCCACUGCUCCUAAGCCGAAAAAAUCUCCUACCACCUAUUACUACCUCCAGCGUGGCAGAGCACACCAGCGCUGCGGGAUCCCAGCGACAAACGAAAUCUCGAGGGAACUCGAGUCGAGCUCACAGCGCGACAACACGCAGUGAUACCCACCAGCAGCUACAGGAGCAGCUUUUCUUACCUGAUCAUUUCUCCAGGCCUGACACAACCAACGCAUUCUCGCCAGAUCCACAGCGCCGCCGUUCUUGCACUGUGAUUGAUAACAGUAAUCAACCUCGGGCAAGCAGAGGAUCAGCAGGCUCAGGUACGCCCCUGCACGGUUCUGUGACAGCCCACAGGCGAAGUGGAUCAGUCACAAAAAGCAAACAGGGGCUCUGA